AUGGCCACCCCUGGCUCCCAAUCUAACCUUCCCGAAACCUCCAAUCCUAUUUCGAAAUCCUCAUCAAACCCAUCUGUUCCCACCUCUACACUCUUUUUGUUAUCCAACAUCUACAACCUCGUACCCAUCCGACUAGAUUCUACAAAUUACGUUCUCUGGAAAUAUCAAGUUUCCUCCAUCCUCAAAGCCCAUUCUCUCUUUGGCCAUAUUGAUGACACCCUUCUUUGUCCUCCAAAACAUUUACCAUCUUUAACUCUUGGAACCAACUCCGAAAUUAACCCCAAGUAUCUUCAAUGGCUAUCUCGCGACCAAGCUCUCAUUACCUUAAUAGACCCACUCUAUCAUCCUCUGCCCUUGCCCACGUUGUCGGCUCAGUCUCCUCUAAGGUCAGCUCUCUAUACAAUGAAAAAAACCCCUUCCGAAAGCAUUGAUCAAUACACCUCUCGCAUUAAAUCCCUUGUCGAUAAGCUUGCUACCGGCUUUGUCUCUCUUGAAGAUGAAGAAAUCCUUGUUCACACUCUCAAUGGCCUUCCGGUUGCCUUCAACGCAUUUCGUACCUCUAUUCGAACUCGCAGCGGCAACAUCUCCCUUGAAGAACUUCACACCCUUCUCAUUUCGAAAGAAACAACCAUGGCCAAAACUUCAGCCAUUGAAGCCAUUCCAACAGCCAUGGCGCCGUUUCACCCACCUCAGCAUCACGGCAGUCGCGGACGAGGACGCCGUUUCCACUCCACUGGCCUGAAACAAAUUCUGGAUAUAAUGGCUGCAUCUUUUGUCAAAUAUGUCACAAACAAGGACAUGGGGCUCUCGAUUGCUAUAAUCGCAUGA